UUGUAUUUUUUUGUCAUUUUGAUUAUAUAGCUGGCAGCUAAUUAAAACCAAUUUAACGCUAUCGAGAAAUCAGACUAUAAGGAUUUUUUUUUUUUAAAUCACAGAUUGAGAUGCAUUUGGACUGUAUAGAAAAAAAAACAAAAAACAAAUAUGCAAGCAAUUUUGCAUUGUGUCCACUGUGUUAAAUAUUUUAUUAAUGACUAAACAAUGGUGAUGUUUCUCCUUGAAUGAAUAUAUUAUAUAAAUACAGGACAGUAGUAUGACUAUUAUGGUCUGUAGGAUGCUACUGCUGCUGCACAAUGUGAAUGAAUUCUCUCUCUCUCUCUCUCUGUUUCCUCCUCCGCCUCUUCCUCCUCUUGCUCCUCUUCAUCGAUAUCUUCCUCCCGGCGUGGCCGCUGCGGUGGUGGUCGAGCGCGCCCCAGUCGGCCAGCAGUCACCGGCGGACCCUGGCCCGGGUUGAUGGCGACCACUCCGGACGGCACUGACAGCCGACUGGCUCCGCAGAUUGCGCUCCAGGAGCGACACCCCCUAUCUGGUCGAAGCCCGCUUCUCCUUCAACCUGCGUACAGUCGCUGUGUCGGCUCUUUGGGCACGGUGAGGCGAGACAGCCGAUGCAAUACUGAAGCGGCCGAGGACCGGGAGAAUACUGAUUCCGUUUGACAGUCAACAGGGGUGGCCAAAAUGAAUGCAUGCGUUGCCAUUGCUAUAGCAAUUUCAAUGCAAUGUGCAUAGAGUAAGAAGGGUCCACGGAGCACCACUGCCCUCUGGUGUUGUGGAGAUAUUUCUGCAGGAGCAGCAGCCGAGGAGGUCGAGAGGCUGGCCGUGAUGCGAGCCGAGUCCUUGGUCUCCGGCGCCCACACUCCCCCCAUCCGAUGUCACAGCAGGCUUGCCACGCUAGGACGCCUCCUCAAGCCCUGGAAAUGGAGGAAGAAGAAGAGCGACAAGUUCAAGCAGACUUCAGCCGCGCUGGAGAGGAAGAUGUCAGUGCGACAGAGUCGAGAUGAGCUGAUCAAGAGGGGAGUGCUAAAGGAGAUCUUUGAGAAAGCUACUGGUGAGUUUCGAUCCUCGACGGACGGCGGCGUCUGCACCCGGGAGCCCCCCGUCAAGUCGUCCGUGCUCCUCGCCCCAAAGAAGUCUGUCACAUAUGCAGGCGACCUUCAGGACAACCCCACCAAGCCGCCGCUGUACCACAAGCAGCCGCCUGCUCUCCCUCCGAAGCCUUUUUCCCGCAUCCCAAACCAUAGCGCAGAUUCUUGCCAGCCAUUGAAGUUGCCCUGCAUGCCCGGGGCAAAAUACUCGCCGCCCCUGCCGCCCAAGAAAGUCAUGAUUCGCGUGCCUCCGGGGGGAUUGGACUGCUCCAUGUCCCCGUCUCCGCCCCCGAAUCCGUCCCAAAAGUGCGGCCCGACCCAAGUGAUGCCGGGUCACCGCGGCGCCCUGCUGCCCUCGCAGCUCGCCGCCCUUUCCGCUUUCCACCAGAACCACGGCCAUCCUCUGCAACUGCAGUACGGCAGCUUGCACGCGCCGAGCCGCAUCAUCGAGGAGCUUAACAAAACCCUGGCGCUGUCCAUGCAGAGGUUCGAGAGCUCUUUGUUGCACGUCAGCAGUCAGUGCGCUCCUCUGGACAGAAGAGAAGUACCGUCGGUGAUCAUCGACUACGAGGAUGAUAAGGAGAACAUGCCCAGCGAGUCCGACUACGAGGAUCUGGCUAGCAUGUACAAGGACGACGAUGACGUAGACGACGACGACGACGAUGAGGAAGAUGACGACUCCAUAUUUACAAGCACGCUGGCUCAGAAGGUGCUCCGCAAAGACUCGUUGGCCAUCAAGCUGAGCAAUCGUCCGUCCAAGAGGGAGCUGGAGGAGAAAAAUAUCCUGCCAGUGCAGACCGAUGAGGAGAGGCUGGAGUCCAGGCAGCAGAUUGGCACCAAACUCACAAGGCGCUUGAGUCAGAGGCCAACAGCAGAGGAGCUGGAGCAGAGGAAUAUCCUCAAACCUCGCAACGAGCAAGAGGAAAUCGAAGAGAAGCGGGAGCUAAAGCGACGGCUGACUCGAAAGCUGAGCCAGAGGCCCACCGUGGAGGAGCUGAGGCAGGCCAAAAUCCUCAUCCGAUUCAGCGACUACGUGGAAGUCUCCGACGCCCAGGACUACGACCGGCGGGCAGACAAGCCCUGGACCCGGCUCACUGCGGCUGACAAGGCAGCUAUACGAAAGGAGCUCAAUGACUUCAAGAGCAACGAGAUGGAAGUGCACGAAUCGAGUCGCCAUUUAACCAGGUUUCACCGACCAUAGUAGACCAUCGCUGUGUCAAGCAGUGCUGCACGGGUAGAAAGAACCUUAAGUGCUGGAAAGUCAAAACGGUGCCCGUUUUUGCCAAUAAGGCCAUGUCUUCUGAAAUGCCUUUUUUUCUCCCCUCCGAGACCCCAGACAACUGAGUCGGUACUACACCCACCAAUUAGUCGUCCCCCCCCCCCCCCCCCCCCCGCUGUAGUAGCACAUCAGUUCAGUUCAGUUCACUGCCCCCCCCUAUCCAUUUUGUGCAAUUGGCUUAUUUGACCGUCUCCAAGCUGAGCUCUCGGGCGCUUAGUUGUCUGUUUGCUGGCUUCCGUCUUCUGAGUGUGACAGAACAUUUGGUCACCGGUGGACUUGACUGGUCACAAUGAUUCUUCUUGAUGAUGACUGUUCCCACGGAGCUCCCAAAGGGAGCAACUCUGCAGGAGGAUGCAGUCGCAGGAGGGGGAGGGAUUCAGCCAUCCAUCCAUCCGUCCAUCUUUUACCGCAUUGGCGGGGAGGGGUGUCGUGUGACAAUGUGCAAUAUUUGAUUUGGUGCCAAUGCUUUUAGGGCCCUCUAGAGUUUGAUCUACGGUUCUGUUCUUCCCAUGUACUGUACCGUACCGACAAUGUUGUCAUCCAAGUUGCUUACUGUGAAAGCCGAGGGAUUGCUCUCUCCAAAUGUACAUUUUGUUUAUAUUGAACAAGUCAAAAAUCAAAUUUCCUUCACUUGUCAGAAUUGUGUAUAUUUUAUGUAAAAACAAAAAACAAAAAUCGCAUCUGACAGAUGUGAAUAUGUUUUAUAUUAUUUCAGUUUUUUUGUCUGUGCUCUUUGGAUGGAAGUAUUUUGGAAUGAAUACCAAGAGCGAGACUCAUUGCAGUGUUACCUUUUCUUUUUCUAAGAGUAUUUGUCCCUUAUAACCUGCAUUUUAUGAUACACAUUGCUUUCUUUUUACAAGCAAUAGCCUUUGCUCAUCAAGGGGUUGAACAACACGCCACCCUGUCAUUUUUUUGUUUCUCUUCCAGUGCUUAUACAGAAAUAUGCGUAAUUUUUUUCUGUUUUCACAUAUGCUACGUCAGGAUUACUUUACCUGCUGUCAUCUCCACUGAGCCAAUUCGAUAUCUGCCUCAAUACAAAUGGAACAUGGUGACAAUUCCGGACAAUAAGUGGAUUUUAAUGGACUGAUUUUAAACUUUUUCAGUACCUUCAUAACCCAAGUCAUUUGCACUGUCGCUCAUAAGCUUUAUGGACACUUUAUGUUUUGGUCUUUAUGAAUUUGUUUUGUUUUUUUACUGUAUUACAUUUAAUUAAGAUGUGAAGUGUAUGUCAGGUGUGGGGAAAUAUAGUAUGUCUUCUCCCUUGGAGAAUGCGUUCAA